AGACCUCUUCCUCUUCGCUUGCCACCGUCGGUCUUCUUGACAACCAUGUUUGUUACACGACAGCUACGCAUAGACGCCUUCCUCUUUCAUUUACUUCUGUUCAAUGUAUACGCACUUGUUGAAGGCGGAGUCGCUCCUCACCGUUCACUGAUCACGCCCACGCCGGCAGUCCGCGGGCAAGACGAUGCUCACCAAGCCUUGCGUAGACAGCUCGCCACUACUUCUCUGGCGGAUACGUGUGGAUAUGUGAAUGCAGCAGUGUUGGAACCUCGGGGAUGCGCGCAGGGCUACACCUGCUACGCUGAGAGCAGCCUUAGCGUUGCCGGUGGCUGCUGUCGCCUUGGUGAUGCUGCGAAUUGCCAACUCCCUACGGCUUGCGUCGCGCAGGCGGACAGAUCAAGUUCCUGUGACAGCUCAUGUAGUGCAGAUGAGCGAACAACGAAGUGUGAUUUGGCUUCCCCUUACUGCUACACAAACUACUGGCCUACACCAGGCCAGACGUUUUCGGAAGUCGGCUGUACUACAGCCCAAGGUCAAUUCGCGUACGUGUAUAGCACGUACACUGGAUUCGGAGCCGAGAUAGAAGAUCUUACCACUGGGUCUCAAGCAACCAAUCCUCCAAUCUCAGCAACAAAUACCAACGUCAACACUGGCGACUCUGAGCAGACUGGCAGUAGCUCCCCAUCCGGCACCUCGGUCGCAGCUGGCAGUGAUGACAACGGAGGCUCGAGUGGUUCCUCGACGAACACAGGCGCGAUAGCGGGCGGUGUAGUAGGCGGUGUUGCGGUGCUUGGUCUGAUCGCAGCACUGAUCACCUGGAUCGUGCUCCGCAACCGAAGAAAAGAGCGAGCAGCCAUGGCGACAGCAGGCGGCUCUGGUGAUGGCCAAGGGGAGUUUAAUGGCAACAACGAGCUCAAGCCUCCACAGGAACAUAUCAUUGCUGUAUCGCCAAGUUCUUCGCACACACUUCCGCGGAGACCAGUGGGACAGGAGUUGCAGGCGGGAGUCGACAGACACGAAGUCGCUGGCUAUGCGGAGGCGAGGGAGCUACAGAACCAACCUAGGAGGGUUCCAGAACUUCCAUGAGAAAUCGACGUGCGUAGCCAGCACAAACAAUAGCUGAAAGACCACCAUGCCUGUCAGCAAGCAAGAAUUGAGUUUGUCGUACGUACGCCAUUUGGUCUGUUUGCUUUGCGAAUGGAUAUAACAGUGAGAUUCUCAUCUGUAUUCCCUCAGUCCCUCAGCCGCUUCGCAGAAUCAUCCCAGUAGGUAAAAACAGUCAUAGACUAAAUCGGCCAGAUUGUCGAGCAGAUUUGCUGAACACGGGCACAUCAGACCCGAGAUUAGCUUCAUCAGCAUGUGCUCAGCAACACAAUUGCAGUGCCGAAUUUGCAACGGCAAACACGUCCGAAUCAUCCAUUGCGGAAAGAACGGCAAGCACACAGCCAUCAUGCCCAAGCGUUGCCGUGAGAACCUCGAGAUCCGGGCCGAACACAAGAUCAA